UCACUCUGCCUCACCGUUGUGAAAUAUCUGGCUGUUUUUAGACUUGUUUACAUGAUGUCCGAACCUCAGAAUUGAAUAUUUGCUGAAAUAUGAAUGUUAUGUUUACUUCAGGGUUGCCCAUAGUUGCUUCAGCCUCUUGACGGAGUGCGGAUGUGGAGGUGAACAGCACUUGUCUUGGUAUGAAGAUCAGUGGAUAAGCGUCUUUAGUGACCUUGGAUCUUUUCAGAGGCUGAAGCUGGAUUCCAGCAAAGACACAUGGUCCAGAGUGACAAGGCCAUCUGCUGUAGCGCCAGCACUGCAGUGGGAGGGAGGAGAAAGAUGAAGGGGUGGUUUGUGGGGGGCUGAGGGUACAGAGAAUUCCUCCCCCUCGGGUGUGGAGGGAGUAGAUAUUCUGGGAGUUCAUUGCCAGCACCUUGGAUUGGAACUUAUUUCUUUAGCGUCGUUUUUUUCCUUAGUUUUUCUGAGAGGGGACUAAGAUUGUGUCUUUAACAUCACGAGAUCAUGCUGAUGUGAUUCUUACAAAGUUCUUUUAAAGUGUUUAGCAAUGGAGAUCUGGACUCUGAAGACCUUGCGAGCUGAGGAUCCAGUUUCUUCAACCACUCUUUACACCCAAAGUUGAGAGUUGUGGAGCAGUGACGCAAAAGGAGAGGAUCUCUGGGGUGGAUUUUGGCUAACCUGUCUUUUGUUUGGGUGUAUUGGUGGUGAAAGACACAUAAAAAAGGUACGCUUGCACUUCCUCAGAGGGCCGAAGAGCCAGACGGAUGGUUAUUUUUAUGAGGGACUUUGUAGCAGAAAUGGGUCAGGACCAAACCAAACAGCAGAUCGAGAAGGGACUGAAGCUCUACCAGUCAAAUGACACAGAAAAGGCUUUAUAUGUUUGGAUGAAAGUGUUAAGGAAGACAUCUGAUCCAGGGGGGAAGUUUCGGGUUUUGGGGUGUCUGAUAACAGCACAUUCAGAAAUGGGAAAAUACAAAGAGAUGCUACAGUUCUCCCUCGCUCAGAUAAACACAGCCAGAGAGAUGGAGGAUCCGGACUACCUGACGGAGGGCUAUUUGAACCUGGCACGCAGCAAUGAGAAGCUUUGCGAUUUCCAGAAGACUGUCUCAUAUUGUGAGACCUGCUUAAACAUGCAAGGCACCACUGUUAGCCUGCAGCUCAAUGGGCAAGUGUGCUUAAGCAUGGGGAAUGCCUACCUGGGCCUAAGUGUUUUCCAGAAGGCCUUAGUGAGCUAUGAGAAGGCCCUACGAUAUGCUCACAAUAAUGACGACAAGAUGCUGGAGUGCAGGGUCUGCUGCAGUUUGGGCAACUUCUACAUCCAGCUUAAGGAUUUUGAGAAAGCGCUCUUCUUUCCAUGCAAAGCAGCUGAACUGGUGAAUGACUAUGGUAAGGGCUGGAGUCUGAAGUAUCGUGCCAUGAGUCAGUACCAUAUGUCAGUAGCCUACAAGAAGCUGAUGCGCCUACCAGAUGCAAUGGAAUGCUGUGAGGAAUCAAUGAAGAUUGCACUGCAGCAUGGAGAUCGACCCCUUCAGGCAUUGUGUCUGCUUAACUUUGCUGAUAUUCAUCGCUGUCAGAAAGAUGUUGAUAAAGCAUUCCCUCGCUAUGAGUCCUCCAUGUGCAUAAUGUCAGAGAUUGGCAACCGCCUUGGACAAGCAUCCAUCUACGUAGGAGUGGGGAAGUGCUGGAUUCUGCAGAAGGAAUAUGAUAAGGCUCUGGACUCACUGCAAAGAGCAAAUGAUCUUGCCGAGGCAAUCGGAAACAAGCUGUGUAUCCUGAAGGUGCACAGCCUGUGUGAAGGCAUUUACCGCUGUAAAGAGCAGCAGGAGGAGUUGAGGGAGCAGGUGGUGAAGUUCCUGCAGUGUGUGGAGGAGCUGGAGCUCUACUGCGGCAUGUGCGGGGAGUCUAUCGGAGAGAAGAACCAGCAGCUGCAGGCCUUGCCCUGCUCUCACAUCUUCCACCUCAAGUGUCUGCAGACAAACGGCACAAAGGGCUGCCCGAAAUGCCAUCGUUCAUCAGUGAAGCUGGGUUUUGUAUGAGAUUGCACUCCUGCUUUUGGACAAAAUGGCUGAAUCCCGUCAGCGUGACCCAUCUGGGAGCACAAGUUCCAGGGUCUUGAUUCAGGAAGCUCUUUGGGAGGAAAUAAAAGAGGUUUUCCAUGUGUUUCCAUUCUGUCUUUAUGGCAGCUAGGGAAAAAAUGUGGAAAUGCAGCAGAUGGAUUAGCUCAACGAAGAGACAGAUAUUACUGUGAACUGACAUUUUAAUGCUGUAUUGGUGUAUGAAACAUUAAAAACAGCCUUUUAUUGGACCAUGCAGCAUUGCAGGAUAUUCGUCAAAGAGGUGAGAGAUUUACAUAUUGUGUGGUUUCCCUCAGUGAACAUUAUUGCAAUAUUUAUCAGAGCUGAACAUAGCAAAAUGUCUAUUUAUAACUUUCUAUCUAGUUUCUUCAGAUUGUGUAAAUAAUACAUAAGUUCUAUGAUUAAUGUAACUUUAAAAGAUAAUGUUGUUCUGGUUGAGUUUGUUUGAGGUUUGUUUUGAGCUUGUAGUAAACUCAUAUGUCUCUAACGGCCUCUUGUUAGUGAACUGUAAUAUUCAGGGGCAUGUGUUCAACUUAUUAACUUGACCAAUUAUACAUUUUGUUAAUUAUUUAUACGACAGUUGUUUAUGUCUUUUAAUAAGGAACUUAUACAUAAUGCAUAACAUUACUACUAUGUUUCUCAUAAUUCAUUUCUUUGACAUUGAAUCAAAAUGUGAAAAGUAGUUCAUUUCUUUAUUCAGUGCAUUAUAGGAUGUGCAGUUGAAAGUAAAGUUUGCUGAUAUUACUUUAAAAAAAUAAUCUCCCUUAAUCUCCAUAACCUUCAGAGAUUCACAAAAGAGUAUAGGUUCUCUUUUGAAUCUCCAAAUAAUUCAUAUCUUUUUACAACAUGUAUAGCACAAAAUAUUUUGGUAUAUUUAAUCGGAAUGGCCUAAAUUAGUUUUUAUCUUUAUUUCUUUGUGGGCACUUUCAAUAAAUAUUCAAGGUGGUAUAAUCAAGUUAAAUGAUGCUGACUAUGCUCGCAC